AUGCACUCCGACAGCGUGUACCGGCUCGUUGACGAGCUGGUCAAGGCGAUCGGCAGCGAGUGCGGCGUGAAAGUGGACGAAAAAGUGGCCAAAACAUGCCGAUCGCUCACAUUUGGCGUGCUGCUGCACGGGACACCGUGCACCGGAGUGCAUCGGAAUGCGGUGCAACAGCUGUCGGAAUGCGCCGCCGCCGACCCGUUGGAGGCACUCGAGUGCCACCACUUCGAGCUGCUCAUGACCGCACACUAUCGCUAUCAGAUGGAUCGGUGUGGCCGUUUCGAGCGAUUACUGGAUGAAAUUCGAAGUCACCGCGUUACGGGUUGCCAGCCGUUGCCCGAGUCGGAUCCAUCGCUGCUGCAGUUUUUGCUGUGCCUGAAAAACUCUUCCGCCGAUGACUGUCGGGAAAUUUGCUCCCUGACACCGUUCUUCUCGUACAGUAAAAUGCCCGCGCUAAGAUACGGGCCGUAUCCGAUCUUCCGUCCGGAGGACUUUCGGCUCGACAAGCGGCUCAUCGCGUCGUGCUACGACGAGAAAGCAAACCCGUACCUGCUUCGUGCUACAACGCACAACGUCUUCACCGCUAACCUGGCCAGUAUGAUCGCCGACCAACAGGCCCAUCGGACGGCCGUCGUCCCGCUUCCGGUUGAUUGUUCCUACUUCAGCGACACCAUGGCCCCGCUGGCACACUACGAAGGGCCGUUUCGAUACAACCUUCUGCAACAAAGCUACCGAAUUCCGACGAGCGAGCCUCCGGAGCAAGUACCGAAGCUGUCCCGCACCGGCACGGUCGUAAAACCCAAAGAGGAAGUGCGUGAAGAACUGAUAUUUGGAAUGAACUGGGAAAAUCUUGGUCAACGGUACGUUCCGAAGGCGAAAUCGUUCACGUCCGAGUGCCGGGGGUCACUGUUUCCGAUGCUCGCCGUGGAAGCAUCGGUCAAAACCCCACCGGAACAGCUGGAUAUUAAAAUCGUGACCCAGUGCAACCUCCUGCGGGACGUAAAGUUUCUGCUCACCGGCGUGAGUUCGAGUAUUUUCUACUUCGACGAAACACACCGUUUUCGGGCGCUACCGAGCCUUACGCUCGAGGACGUGGCGAUCGGUUCGAUGGCAUCGUUGCUCGAUCGGGCCCUCGAAAUCGGGACCUGCUUCCGGCGGCUGCAGAUGAUGUGCCGCAAGAACCCGUACACGCUCCAGUUGCUGCUCGAGGGCUUCGUGUUUAAAGCGUUUUGCGAGAGCGUGGACCGGUUCUUGGCCUGCUAUCGGCUGUUGGUCAACGCGUACGAGGGCCCAUCCCUGCUGCAGCUGCUCCACACGCUUGUCCCGGCCACCGAGCAACUGCUAGCGUUGGCCGCGCUGUGUGGUAUUCAUCCGCGGCGUGAAAGUGACUGUGAAUUCCCGACCGGGUCCCGGCUGCUCGAUCAUCUCCACCGGGAGCUGCUCCAGGCAACGCAACCAUCGGUUGGCACGUUCCUGCUCGGUCUGGUGCGCCGCUGUAGCCUCGAGUAUUUCGCCCUCUUCCAGCGGUGGCUGUUUGGGGGCCAACUGCACGACCCCUCCGGUGAAUUGUUCGUGUACUUUGUCGAUCACUAUCGCCCGAACACGAAGCACUUCUUCGACAAGGCGUACCUGAUCCGGCGCCAGAGUGUGCCCGUGUUUUUGCGCGGCUUCGAAGAGGACGUGCUACUGUGCGGCAAGUACGCCAUGCUGUUGAAAGCCUUCCGGCCACUGCAUCCGGUGUUUAGCCUCCGCCAACCGGAUCUGUCCGUGUGUCUCUCGUUCGAGGCCUUCGAUCAGCUGCGAACGCGCUGGUUGCAGUACGCGGCCCGUGCCCGACGCCUCUGCGGUCCGGCGGUUUCGGUACGCGAACUGUACGAAGCGAAAGAGCGCGCCCGGGACGAGUGCUGCCGGCGCGUGGAGGAAGGCUUCCGCACGUUUAUGGAAGGCUGGCGCCGGGAGCAGACGGCCGAGGCGCAGGAGUUGAAGCGCAAGAAGCAACAGCAGCUGGACGAUCUGUUGGACCAGCUGAGCGAAAUACGGGCUAGCAAGCUUUCGGCCAAGCGGCAGGAGCUGCUACAGGUAGUGCAGGACGAGCAGGGCAGACUGGAGGAGGACAAUCGGCGGCUGCUGGAGGAGAACUACGAUCUCACGCGGCGUGUGCGGAAGUACACCGAGCUAAACCGGCUGGCGGAUGUCGAGCUGGAGCGGUUGAAGGUGGCCGAACUAAGCAUCGUGCCGGUGGUGACGGUGUCGUGUGAGGAAGCGAUCACGGAGGAUGGCGGCACCAGUGAGGGAGCCUUUCAGAGUUGCCGCGAGAGUUACGCCAGCGCCACGAGCCCUUCGAUCUACGAGGAUGCCCAAAAAUCGCCCCUUUCCAGCGUGGAUUCGUCGAGUGAUGGUGGUGGCCGGAACUUGUCGACUUCGAGCGUCGAAGGCGCCGAUGCAACGAUGCUCGACGCGACGCUCGUCGAGAGCCCCAUUGUGCCGGUGGAUGUUGUGCUAGCCACGGAAAGCGAUCGGCUAAACUCGAACCUCCCGAUCGCGCCCGCGAUCACGGUGGAACUGAGCGAAGGUGAACGAAACCGUCAGAAGGUCCUGGGGUCCUCGGUGCUGGCCACGUACCUGAACGAGGAUCACGCCAAUGCGAACGUGCAGCUCACGACCACCAAGACCAGCACCACUACCGGAAUGCGCAAACUCACCGAGGCACAGCGGAACAAGCUGAAAAUUUUGUCCCAAGAAUUCGAAAUUACCACGACCGAUGUGAACUGUAAUCGGCUCGAUGCGGAGCGGAGCGAAUUGCGCAGGAACCGCGAGAGGAUCCUGAUCAGCGAUUACACCUCCCGGCCGGACGAAACCACAAUCCGGGUGGGACCAGGUGUGGAACUGACGGAACUGCAGCGGAAUCGGGCAAAAAUCAUGAGCCAAGAGUAUAAUCUUCUGUUAGAUAACGGAGCGUCGGGGACUCCAGCGCCCCCGAAAGCGACGAUGUACUUGACGCUGGACACGGACCGUGCACGAAACCGUCGCCGGGUGAUGGACUCUGAGUACAGUAUGGUAACGGGAGCGCUGGAACCCGCCGUCUUCCCCGACACACCAAUGUCCGUCGAUAGUGACACCGUGGAGUCAUCCGUAAGCCCGGCUCCGGGACCAUUCCCGGGAGCCACCGAGCAGGACAUCAAUGCCAACCCGCUGGAACGGGACGCUCUCAAACUCGAUGUCGGUUCGGCUGCGGAAGGGGGCUUUGACAUUGGCAGACGGUUCGGCAUUCCGGAUACGGCCACGUUAGAGCAGGAAACGCCUGCCGAUGCACUGAAGGGCACUACCGAUCAGCUCGAUGGGUUCGAUUUUGCGAAAGCCCUUAACUUGGAGCACCGGCGGCCGGUGUCCCCCGGUGGGCCGCUGGAAGAGGACGAGCUGUACCGUGAGUUUGUGCAGACGCUCCGGAAGCGGUGCACUAACUUUUGCCGCCUGGCAAUCCCGGAUGACGGUACCGUCGUCGGCGCCGGGGACGAAUGGGACUCGGUUCGGCUCGGCGCAGAACUGCACAGUCUCGAUCCGCUAACCGUGACACGGUUCCUGCAGUAUUCGCUCGUGAUUCCGCUCCGAGCGCACAUGGAGAUUGUGAACAACGAAAUUCUGAAACUCUUUCUGUACGAUCUCGAUCUGUUGAGCCAUUUCGAAAGCCUGCGGAACUACUUCCUGCUAAUGGACGGAGAGUUUUCGUCGCACAUCUGUGACAGUCUGUUCGGCCGGCUCGAGACGGUCCGGUCACCGAAUGAGCUACUCAACUACCAGACGCUACACGCGAUCCUGGAUGGAGCGUUGUAUUCGAGCAACGCCGGCAUGGACCGGAACGCGGAGCGACUCUCGUUCAUCGUGUGCCAGGUGCCGGAGCGGUUCGAUCUGUACGCACCGAACGCGGUCAGUAUGCUGAAUCUGAGCUACCGCGUCGAGUGGCCGCUCAAUCUCAUCCUCACGCCCGAAACGCUCGAGCAGUACACGAACGUGUUCCGGUACCUGGUGAAGGUGCGGCGCAUCAGUUACGCGCUCGAGAACGCGUUCGAGCUGCUGAAGGAUGCCCGGAAGCGGAUCGGCAGCGCCCUGUUACUGCGGUCACCGCAGUAUGCUCGGGUGCAGCUAAUGCGCCACAAGCUGUCGCAGAUGGUAAUGGCACUGGCGACCUAUCUGCGGAGCAUGCUGCACACCUCGUGGGACACGUUCCGGGCCGAUCUGCAGGAUGCGACGGCCACGAUGGAGGACCUUUACCGCAAACACCGGGCGUACGUGAAACGCAUCAUCUUCGUGUGCUUGCUGAACAAACGGAGCGCCGAACUGUACGGUCACAUCGAGCAAGUAUUUCGCGUGGUGCUGCAGUUUUACCGGCACCUACGGUCCAAGGACUGGCGGCUUCAGGAGGCCACGGCUGGCCAGCAAGACCAGUACGUGCAUCCGCGCUACGAACAGAUGCUCGGCGACGAGCGGGAGUUUGAUCGGCUCGUCAAGGGUAUGCUGCAGAUCGGGGACAAGAUGUACGACGAGGGCUACCUGAAGGAAAUCUCCGAGUUUCUGCACCUGGUCAACAUCAACGGGUACUACGGGGACGGUGUCGUUGGCUAAACGGACGGGUCGAGUUUCAAGAUAAGUCCGUUUGAAGGAGAACCACUUGCCAUCUUCCUACGCACUAUUCUCGUUCUGUUGUCUUCUCCGCGAUAAGAUCGCUGGUCGUUUCGUGGGGAGCCUGUUAGUUAGCACAUUCCCGUCCGUUCCGUUGAGUCGAGCUGUUCUGAAGCUUCGUUUCGUUUUCGAAUCGUUUUGUUGGCCAGAG